GUGAAGCAUCUCCAAAACCAAAUUCCUCUGACUGACAAUCUGUCGUCCUCUGAAUACCAGAUUGCCAGCUAAUGCAUCCUCCCGGGAGCAAUCUGCCUCAAAAAGCAUGCAGCCAAGCUCCUUUACCCAUUCUUCCGUGACCCCAUCAACGGCACAUACUUCAACACGCUCGGCGACACUGAAGUCCCAAAAGACAACCCCUGGAACCUCGUCGCCGAUGCGGACUUUGUCCUCUUCGACAAAAAACGCGGCUGCGAAGUCCUCGGCCCUUACCCAAGCGUCGACUUCAUGUUCGGAUUGAGCCCCUACCUCCAUGAGUCCCCCGUCUUCACCCCGGGC